GCGCGAGCGGCCCUUACUUCUCACACUUACAACAUCAAGGCUCUCACGUCGUUCGUUCCUUGUCGCCAACUCCGAGGAGCUUUCGCAUUAUUUGCCGCAGCCCAUCAAGGCUGCUUCCAAUCACAUCUAGAUCGCAUCUCAUUGUUUUUUUUUUCUUAUCGUUCCCGUUAGUCCAUUAUAGGUAGGUGUAGGUUUACCUACGAUUUACCCACGGGCCACGCCUGCUGCUCAAUUGUAUCAUCAUCAUCACCAUCAUCACCAUUAUCACCCCUAUUCUCUUGCUGGCACAAGAUCACGCCUCGGAAGCGAUAAUCACGAGCCCAUCAUGGCGUCAAAAGCCCUUAUCCCGAUCCUGGUGGGCAUGAUGUUGCUUACGGGAGUCUGCAACACGCUUUUCACCAAGUACCAGGACAACCAAUGCGUUCGGAACUGCGACGAUCCGGACCCCAAGAAGCGACAGUCGUUCGAGCAGCCCGUGCUCCAGACCGCGCAGAUGUUCAUAGGAGAAGUCGGAUGCUGGCUUAUUGUUGGGUUAAGGCUCAUCUACCAGCGUUACGCGAGCAGGAGGACCCCCGCGGCCAACGGAUACCAGGCGAUCCCUAGGGGGGACAACGAAGUCGACGACGACGACGCUGCUAGCAUUAACUCCGAACAAACGCUUAUCCUCCCUAGCCCCCCGGUUAAGAACAACGUCGGCGUAGUCGAUGGGCCUCUGAAGGGCUUCGGUAUCUUGCUCCUCGCGUUGCCCGCCGUGUGCGAUAUCCUCGGCACGACGCUCGUGAACGCGGGCCUGUUCAUGGUGGCUGCGUCGAUCUACCAAAUGACCCGUGGCGCCCUGGUGCUAUUCGUGGGCUUGUUCAGCGUGUUUUUCCUGCAUCGCAAGCUGCAUCUGUUCCAAUGGGUCUCCCUCAUCGGUGUCAUGGUUGGUAUUGCGCUUGUCGGACUUGCGGGCGUUAUUUGGCCCGACACCAAAGCGGCAACGACCCACGCCGUGCUCCAAGCUGCGCGGGAUGUCGCCAACGACGAGGGCCUCCGCGCCGCGCUGGGUGUCCUUCUCAUCGCCUUCGCCCAGCUCUUUACCGCCACGCAAUUCGUUCUCGAGGAGUGGAUGCUGGAGCGCUCUAAGAUCGAUCCCAUCGAGGUCGUCGGUUGGGAGGGUCUGUUUGGCCUUGCUUUUACUCUGAUCUCCAUGCUGGUGCUGCACCUUACCAUUGGAAGAUCCGACGCCGGCCGUUACGGAAUGUUCGAUAUGGUCGAAGGUUUCCGACAGAUGACCGAGUAUAGAGCCGUGUGGGUGUCUAGUAUACUAACUAUGAUCUCUAUUGGUGGUUAUAAUUUCUUCGGUCUCUCCGUCACUCGCAGCGUGAGUGCCACCGCACGGUCUACUAUCGAUAGCUGCCGAACCCUCUUUAUCUGGAUGGUCUCUCUCAGCCUCGGGUGGGAAGCGUUCAAGUGGUUGCAAGUCGCGGGAUUCGUCCUCCUGGUCUAUUUCACUUUCCUGUUCAACGGCGUCGUGCGCCCGCCCUUCAAGUUCCUCGAGCCGGACGAGGAGGUGGAGGAGCUGCUCCCCGAAGAACCCAUCGAGCACAACUAAAAUAAAACAAAGUAGAGCUAAAGAUUGCCUAAGAAAGAAGGGAAGACAGAAUGCUAUGGUUACCUAGACAGGUAUACACCGUCUCGGAACGCGAAUGGGGCUGGGCCUGAUUAGGCACUCUAGCGGAUUCUGAACAGUGACUGCUUGGGGUUUGGGGAGGUGUUAUACAUAUCUCAUAUUGUUUCUUGCAUUGGGAUGGCGUUUUCAUUGAUAUUGGUACCUGUAUUCGCGGGCUAUCUUUCUAUUUAUAAUGCGUACUUUGGUUUGGGGGGUUACUUCGGUUUAGUUCAGCGGGAUCCAGUAUGUUUGAUACAGUUUUUCUUAUAAAUUAGGAUUUAGGUGGCAUCGUUAGGCCCUCUGGGAGUGUUUUAUAAUACUACAUUCAUCACAUAAA